AAGAGCUGGUGCUACAGGCCAUAAGAGAUCUCGGCAAUGGUGAUCAUUAUUCUGGCAGUCGCUUUCUUCGCCUUUCACGUCACUGCUAACGAUGACGUUAUUCUUGCUGUGUUGGGGAGUACCGUGGUGUUGGAUUGUAAGAUUCCUCAGACCGAUACCAUUAUCUGGGACCGACCUGAUGGUACCAUUAUAGCUAUCAAAGGACUGCUACAUCGGAACGUGAAUGCCAGCAGGUUUGUCUUGCAGAACAACACCUUGCUGCAGUCCCUGAACAUUCACAACUUGAUGCUACAGGACGAUGGCCUGUAUAGAUGUUACGAUCUGGCGGACGCUGGUAAAAAGCAGAACUUCACGGUCAAUAUAUUCGUACGACCUACCCUGUUUGCUGUGAAGGGCCCAAGCACAACUGUGGAUGAAGGUUCUGUGCAUCUUCUCAGAUGUCAGGUCGACGGCGGAAAGCCACCACCAUUGCUGCAAUGGCACCUGCUUGGUCCAAACACCAACGGAACAACUUAUUCGGGACACAACUUGGACACUAUUCAUCCCAAUGGUACUAUAUCACGUGUGAACACUCUACAACUUAAAAUGACCAGGGCUAUGUAUAAAGGAUCUAUCAUCUGUGACGCAAGCAUACAGUAUUUUUACCAAGUCCAACAAACUGUGGUUUUAGAUGUAAACCUUACUCCAUUGCCACCGGUCUUUGAUGGCUUCUCUGGGUUGUUUGACGACGGAGACAUCACGACCAUCACGUGUCACAGUUACGGAAGCAGACCAGCGGGAAGCAUUUACUGGAUGUUAGAUAACACCCGAAUAAACAGUACAUCUUCACAAGUCAUCAAAAACGCAGACGACACAUACUUUGUGAAAGGCAUCUUUACCAUACGGCUAACCAGAAACAUGGAAAAUCAAAUUCUGUCCUGUGUAGUUUCAAAUUCAGUUCUGCAGAAGACGAAUAUUCAGCACCUAACUCGUUCCAUUGUGCUUCUGCCUACUUAUUCUCCCUCUAUAUCAGCGGAUAAUGGUACUAGGACGGUGAUAGAGGGGUCAUCACUUGCUGUUCAUUGUCUUAUCGAAGCUCGACCUCUUCCUUCGCAAAGCCAAAAGCUGUGGUUCCUGAAUGGAUCGCCAAUAGUGGAAUCCAAUUUUAACAUCACGCGAGUUAAUUUAUCCGUUUCCAAGCUUUCAACAAGUUUGCAUGUGCAACAUUUCCAUCGGGAUCAGAAUGGCCAGUACAGCUGCCAGGGCUAUAAUCAUCUUGGAGCUGCGAAAAGUCCGAUAAUGAAUGUACAAGCUUUGUAUAACCCAGUUUGCUCUUUCUCCGGCGUCCAAAAACAUGCCGUUCGCAUCGGUGGUAGCGUAUCUCUCACGUGUCGUGUAAUAGCCAAUCCAAAUAAUGUAACCAUGAGAUGGCAAUACAUACAAAGAAAUGCACCAAUCAAGACGGGCCUUCUUGGUGACGUAGAAUCACAAACUGCAUCAUCAACGACUGUUCACAUUGAUGUUGCAUCAAACAACCAGUAUUCAGACAUCGCAUGUAUAGCUACCAAUAUGAUUGGAGAUAUGCUGCUUCCCUGUCGAUACCGUAUUGUUGAGCCAAGCCCUCCUGAAAUUCCGAAAAACUGUUCCACUACAACAUUGAGCGAUACAGAGAUCCAAGUAAAGUGCAGGCCAGGUUUUAACGGUGGCUCGCCUCAGCAUUUUCUCUUACAAAUGCUUGACGGGUCGAAUGACCUGGGUAGCUUCAACACCAUUUCCAACCAGUCGUCGCCAAUGUUUAAAGUCGCUAGUCUGACACCGAAGUCUAACUACACGUUCCGGAUGUGUUCUGGAUCCAGUGCCUUUGCUCGAACAAUCAGCUGUGGAGGACCUGUAAGGGUGUCUACAUUAGCAACACGGAUGAUUGGCAAGAAGCGAAUAUCGUCGCUGACACAGGCCAAUGCUACUCCUUACAUUGUCGGGGGUGUUUUGGGAUUUUUUGUGCUAGCGGUACUGAUUUCAGUAAUUGUGUAUUGCCUCCAUAAGAAACGAAAGAGGGGCGGUAAUCCUUUUCAUUCAACCCAAAUACCCUGGAGAGCGAAUGAUUGGCUCAGUAAAGGAGACGAUAAUAGAGGGAGUGUCAUAUCGGAGGUUCAGAAUCGUGCAUUUGAGGAAGACACAAUCCAUUCAGAGAAAACUUCCAUGGAGAAGGCAGAACAAUUAGAAGAAUCGAUAUAUCGCAUAAAUAACGAAAAGCUUCGUAAUUUGGAGGAAAGAGAGUCCAUUAAGCUUUCUAAAGCUAAAGCCAUGACUCUUCUUGCUUUAUCGAAAGAACAUCAAGCUACUGAGCCUGGUAUUAAAAUUGAUAAGAUUGAUUUCAGUUUCCUUGACGACCAAGUGACUGAUCUUGAUGAACUAUCUAAUCCCAGAAGUCCUGGAUUGAUGCUGAAUUGUGGUAGCCCACGUCAAAAUUGUGGUAGCCCACGUCAGAAUUGUGAUAGCCCACGUCAUGAUUUUGCAAACAGUGAAACCGAGUUGGAUUUUCAAUCUGCAGGCGAUCAAAUGCUACGUUCUGAUUCCCACCCUAACCUGAAUACAAACACAAAGCAAACAUGUAAGUCCAGAUCUACACAGUCCCUAACAGAACUUACAUCCACUUCCGCCGGAAAUAGACAUGACUACAUCAAUAUGUCUUAUUCGAACUCCGAUGAAACAGGAAACAGAUCGUCUGCUUUGAAGGAAGUAAAAGAUGAUCUGAAGAAAGCAUUCAUAUCAAGAUACACACUCGAAUUUCAAAAGAAGGAAGAAAAAGGCCUGUUGAAAACUCAGAAUAGCCCUUCUUCAACCACAAGCAAUAUUUCUGAAAUAGGUCCUUAUGGUGGAGCACCUCGCCGACAGAGUUAUACAUUGGCGAUAAGCAGCGAUGAAGAGGGCAACACAAUGGUUAGGGAUGUUCUGUCUGCUUCCACCAACACAUCAUCACCCAUUUACGAUGUGCCUAGAAACAGUGGAGGCUUUGAAAUGGAUGUUGAUUCGGUUACAGCAAAUUUGGAGGACUGCAAAUCAUUAAACAGCUAUUCAAACCCUGACAAAGAGAUCAUUAAAAUUCUGUCACCAGAAGAUACUUCAAGUGAAAAAAGAAAUCAUAAUUUAGAAUUCAAAGAUUCAAGUUUAUUGAAUUCUGAAGGGGGACAAGUUACAGCAAAUAUGAGAACAGUUGAUGGAGAUGAAAAUUUAGAAGAAACUAGUGAAAACUUUGCCAUGAAAUCAUCCUCUGAAACAAACCUUAAAGAUGCAAAGUCGUUUGGUGCUUAUUUCUAAGCUUGGAUGUCUGAUUUUAUUGAUUUAGACUUCUGUAGUUUCACGUACAAAGGUCUGCUUAUAUUAAUCACAAGAAGACCAAGGUUCCUUCAUGGCACAUAAUGAUCAGAUUCUGUGCACGUUUACAACAUCCUUGCUCAGAUAGUAAUUAAAGCUAUGUUUUAAAUGGAAAAAAAAUCAAUAAUGUCAAAAAAGAGGAUAAUGAACACGAAUAGCUGUAAAAUGACAUUCUCUAGGUUUGAAAACCCUUGCAGCAAUGCUGUCUCUUGAUAUUAUUUUUAAUCUGCUACAAAAUGAAGACCGCCUUGACUGUUUCCAUGGUAGCGCAUUGUUCGUUAUUUUUACUUUUAAUUUAUGUCAAAUACUCCUCAGGUUUGUCCUUUGAUUUCCUGAGUUUGUAUAGAUAAGGCACACAUUCUUUGUAAAUCAAUAAAUAUUGCAGCAUUUUUCUUACGAUACUUCGUCACGAUAUUUUGGGAGUAACAAUACUGUCAACGUUAAGUAAUGUCACAAACAUCUCUUCAGAUCUUAUGGCGAUACUAUUCUGUUGCUUCCUUUCUUUAAAAAAAAAAUUAAAUACAGCUUAUAUUACAUCACCUGACUUCUUGGGUUUUAACAUUAAAGAGUUGUAUUACAGAG